UUUAAAUAACUAACAACCUGUAAUUAAUGAUUUAUCCUAAAUCUAUUUAGUCCCAACAAAAGAAAAGAAAUUAAAACCAAAAAAAUUCAACUCUGAUUCUCAUAAGAAAUCAUGAAUCUCCUCUGGUUCCCAUUUCUCUCCCUUCUUCUCUCCGCCGCUGGAGCACCAUACAACCUCACCAAAACCUUCAACGUCAAGCACUACGGUGCAGUUUCUGAUGGCAAAUCUGAUUCUGCAAAGGCUUUUCAGAAAGCUUGGGAUGAUGCAUGUGGGUGGGAGGGAUUGAAGCCGAAGGUUCUGAUACCGGAAGGAAGGUUCUUGGUGGGGUCUCUGGUAUUCCAGGGGCCGUGCAAGGGGAGGAAGGUGGUGGUGCAGGUUAAGGGAUACGUGGUCUCGCAGGCGGAUCUUAACGCAUAUAAGACACACGAUUGGAUAUCGUUCCGGUAUAUUAACGGGCUGCUGGUUACCGGGAAGGGGACAUUUGAUGGACAGGGAGCUUAUGCCUGGCCUCAUAAUAACUGCCGCAGUAACAAGAAAUGCAGGCCUCUCCCUUGG